CGGGACCUGGGGCUGAGCCCGGCGGAGCUGCCGGCGCGCAAGCUCCGGAUAGUCUCUGGUGACGAAAAGCAAUACUUCACUCUUGGGGAAGAUAAUAAAAAUCUGCGGGUAAACGAGAGGAUAGACCGAGAGGGCAUCUGCGGGACCUUGUCGCCCUGUGUCCUCAGUUUGGAGGCAGUCGUGGAAAACCCUUUCAAUAUAUUUCAUGUAAGCGUCACUAUCCAGGAUAUCAAUGACAAUGCGCCGCAGUUUGACAGAGAAUUUGUUGCCAUAGAAAUGAUCGAGUCCACGCCUCCUGGGGCCAGGUUCCCACUGGGCAGUGGCAGAGACCCCGACAUCGGGGCGAACUCAUUACAAAACUACCAACUUACCCCCAACCCGCUCUUCUCCCUUGUAAUGAGGGAGAGUCCUGAUGGGAUGAAGCAGCCGGAAUUAGUGCUGGAGAAAAGCUUAGAUCGAGAAAAACAGAGAAAUCACCAUUUGAUACUGAUGGCCAUGGAUGGCGGGGAUCCAGUCCGAUCCGGGACGGCCCAGAUUAAGAUUAACGUGACUGACGCAAAUGACAACCUGCCGGUAUUCACCAAAGAGAUCUACAAGGUUCGACUGCUGGAAAACCUGCCAGAGGGCUCCUUGGCUUUUCAGGUGAAAGCUACUGACGGCGACGAAGGUACAAAUGCAGAAAUUACCUACUCUUUCAGUGACAUCACAAACAGUGCCCGCCAACUCUUCACUCUGGACUCCAGAACAGGGGACGUGAAGGUUACAGGCCCCUUAGAUUAUGAAGAAGGGAAAUAUUACGAAGCAACUGUUGAAGGCAAGGACGGGGGCGGGCUUAGUGCACACGCCAAAGUGCACAUAGACAUUCUAGACGUGAACGACAACGCGCCAACCCUUUCCCUCCUUCCUAUCUUAAACCCGAUACCGGAAGACUCGGUCCCGAGCACGGUUGUAGCUGUGAUCAAUGUCCGUGACAGAGACUCGGGGGAAAACGGGGAAGUGACCUGCAACAUCGACGGCGAUAUGCCUUUCAGACUAGAACCGUCAUCAGAGAACACCUACAAACUAAUAAUAGCCAGUGCCCUGGACAGAGAAAAGGUCUCCGCUUACAAUAUCACCAUCAGUGCCGCGGACCGGGGCAGCCCGGCGCUGUCCAGC